AUGGACAGCGAACAACUCCAGCAGAAGAUUCGAUCACGGCGCACACAUCGCAAGUCGCGCCUUGGAUGCGGGAAUUGCAAGAAGCGGCGCGUUAAGUGCGACGAGAAGAAACCGAUGUGCUCAAACUGCGUCCAGCACUCUAUCGACUGCGACUUUCAAUUCCCAGCUUCAAGUUCACCCUCCGAGGGUUCAACACCACCUCAAACACGGCGGUUCAAAUUCCGCCCAUCCAAAUACCAGUCCCAAACCUCUUCGCCUGCACCAGAGCAAGCCAGCUCUAACUCGCGUUCUAUUGGAGUUCAAUGCGAUUCGUCGCCUACCAUAGACUUUAAGGGGGGUCCGGGAGAGGGGAUUUCGUUACCGGACCUGUCCCUCUUCCACCACUUCACCACAUCAACAUACUGCACCCUCGCAGCCGAGGAGGCAUACCCUGUCUGGCAAAUCCAUGUCCCGCGAUGGGGCUUCUCCUUCCCCUCUAUCAUGCACCUACUCAUCACUCUCUCGGCUCUGCAUCUUGCCCACUUGAACCCAGCCAAACAAGCCGAGUACAUCCACGAAGCCGACGAGCAUUUCACAUUCGGAGUGCGAUCUGUCACAUCGGUCCUUGCUCUUGAUACGCUUGACUCGACGAACUGUCAACAGAUAUAUAUCGCCGCGGUCAUGAUCUGCUUUGCAUACUUUGCUCGCGGCCCAAGGGACGGCGAGUACCUUGUUUUCAACGCCAAAGGAAAAUCAGAGUGGCUAGUCCUUUUGCACGGAGUGCGCACAAUACUCAGUCAGAAGCAACCUGAAAUCUUCACGGGCGUGCUUGCACCUGAAAAGGAGAAACAGAACAUGGAUAUACUCAACCCUGAGCUCGACACUGAACUGUCGCGGCAUAUCCACCGGCUCCAAGAAGUCAAAGCCAUGGUGAGUGUUGAGAUUCAAGCAGACAGCGACCUAUACGUCCAAGUGGUCGAUGACCUAAUCGGAUGCUUCGAUGGCGCAUAUCAAAAGCGAAAAGCCGGCAUCGUACCCCAAGAUUUGAUGCCAUUCACAGUGGGAUGGACAUUCCGCCUUCCAGAGAUGAUGAUCGACAGAUUAGAAGGGAGAGAGCCGGUUGCGCUUGUAAUCCUGGCGCACUGGGCUAUUCUGCUCCGGUACAUGGGCGACGUCUGGUUUAUGCGCGGCUGGGACCAGCAUAUCAUACUGGGGAUUAGGGCUUGUCUGCCGCCGGCGUAUCAUGCUUGGAUCGAGUGGCCUGAAGAAGUCAUAGCGUCUGAGCAGUGA